UUGAGUUUUGUGUCACUUAUCUGACUUCUUUUGUUUAAUUUUAGUAGCAACACUGUCUCACAGUUAGAGCUAAUCAUAAUAUUUUAAAUUAAUAGUAAUUUAUUUUGUUGUAAAAUCUACAAACCAUUUUUAAGUUACUUUGUAAAGUAUCGGUACGACAUUUGUCAAGUGUUCUUAGGAUCAGUAGGAGAACUUAAUUUGAGUUUAAUCCUGACUCAGCAUUUAUAGCAGCUUACACAGCAUCUUCGCUGAGUUGCCAGGGCAACUGUGUCAAUCAGCUGCAAGUCUGGGAUCAUAUGAACAUAGAAGAAUAUUUUGAAGAAGAUGAGGAACCACCUUUGCUGCUCAGCUCUUGUCCUUCUCACGGUGCUUGGCUGUAGUAGGACUGCAGCAGUGCAGUGUCGGUGGGGGGAAGGGUGUGUGUGUCUGCAAUGCCCUGCUGGACAGGAGCCUUCCAAGACUUGUGGGCAGAUCAAAAGUCCAACAGAGGAAGUGCAAUGUCAGUUGUGCCCGACUGGAAGCUUUUCAGAUGCAUUGGACUCUAAACCUUGCGGCCCCUACACAGACUGCCAGAUCCUCAGCCGUAAGGCUAGAACCCCUGGCACUGCAACUUCAGAUGCUGUCUGUGGGGAUUGUCUGCCUGGGUUUAACAUUGCCAAAGGAGAAGUUUCCACCCAAAGUCUAUGUGUUAAAACAUCUUUGCAUGUCAGAAAGGUGCGUACAGUAGGUAAAAGACCCUCCAGUGGUGCAGGAGGGCCUGUCAAUGGCACAGUGGUGCGCAGCGCUGAGGAGAAGACGGCAGAGUAUGCCGUAUUUGCUCUUGUGCCUGUCUUCUGCGUCAUGGGCCUGUUGGGUAUCCUCAUCUGCAACAUCCUGAAGAAAAAGGGAUACCGAUGCACUGCUGACAAAGAGGCAGGGGAUGAAGAAACUGCCACACCACAGAAAGAAGGUACCAAUUGUCCCUACAUAUCUGACGACCUGAAUGAAGACACCAUCAGUGUUCUGGUUCGCCUCAUUACUGAGAAGAAAGAAAAUGCUGCUGCACUGGAGGAAUUGCUGCUGGAGUACGAGAGCAAACAGAUGUCCAUGAGCAAAGGCUCCUCAAUCAAGUUCCCAAUGCUGUCUCCCCUGUCCCAGUUCUGCUCUCUCCCCAAGCUGUGCCCCCAUCAGUCCCACCUUCACACCAUCUCUGGCCUCUCCGGCCUGGCCCCCAAACACGGCUACCGCUGCACCCGCUGCGCCCAGAGAAAGUGGCCCGCUGUCCUCAUACCGCCCCUGGAUGCCCUUAAAGAUCCCCUGAAGCCCGCCAAGACCUUCAUCGUACCUUCCCUGGACAAAUCAUACGACCAGCAGAAGAGACCCCUGCUUGGGGGGGUGUUUGUCGACACCCACAAUACACAAGCUGUUGUGCCAAAUACUGUACAGGACAAGGUGGAAGGGAGUGAAGUGAAGGAAAGGAAGGAGGGAGAGCUGACCGUGUUGUCUGUGGGAAGAUUUCAAGUCGCUCAGAUCCCAGAGAUGAAGCCUGUCACAUUGGAAACCAAGAAAUCUUCCCAGGAGCAACGAAACUCGCUUUUUGGAGGAAAGUCCUUCGGCUCCUCAUCAUCCGGGAUCCGGAGAUGAAGAUACAGAGAGAUGUUAGGGUAACGCUACCUCGCUGAAAACAACCUCAUCAACUUGAAAGCUGGCAGGGAGGGUGUUUCUAGAAAUCUGACAACACGAAACCCCAAGAACCACCUCAAGCUCAAACAAGUUGUUUCUACACAAUAAGAGGAAAAGAAAACUGUAUUUAUUAUUGAAAACAUGUGUAAGUUACUUUCCCAGCCUUAAGAGAAAGUGGAGGGUUGGCUUUUUAAUAACAGAGUGUCAACUCCCAACACUAGAAGGAAGGAUGAGAGACAAAAACAAAGAAGAUAAGUUGGGAUCCUGAGAAAAAAAGUUCUCAGCCUCUAUAGUUGUGCUUCCACAUACAAAAUGGACACAUGGGUCGAUCACAUUGCAUGUAGACAGACUUGUGUGAAGAGGACAUAACAAUGUGGAAUACUUAUCUGACCAAAACACAAGACUCAUACAGCAGAGAGUCUUGAAAAAGAGGAAAUAUUAAGCCAAGUAGUCUGUAAUCAAGUAUAUGAACUAAGAGUGUUAGACACUUGAUGUAAGACUUAAAUAGCACUACAGAAAGUAUUAUACGAACAAAAUGUUAUGAAACUUAACAUCAUAUUGUUGUUUUAAAUAUUGUUUUUAUUAUAAGUUUAGUAAAAUAGCUCCUCUUCUGCUCACGUAGGAUUUGAAAAAGAUGAAUGUAGUCUUAACAGAAGAUGUACUCACUGAGAUCAGUGAAAGUUUGACAGUUUGAGAAACAUUCCCUCUGUGACGUACACCAACAUACAGUCAGAAUUAAUGACAUGUGCAACUUUAAAGCUCUUAGAUUAGACACAAGUAGGUGAUAUGGAGCCAAAAGUUGUUCUCAGAGUGGGCCACUAAUACUUUAUGACAGCAAUGCUUCUUCUUUUUUUACAUCACUGCAUCCCAAAUGGCAGUAAGAGUCUGAACUCUUACUGAAAUAAUUAGAUGGAUAGAUGUUACUUUUGUAGAAUAGAACAUGUAAAUGAAUGUACAUAUGUAAAUAUGGGUGGGUAUAAAAAGACAUACAUCUUUUUAUAAUUUAGCAGACACUAUGUUCAAGGUAAGAGACGACUGCACUGCAGCAAUAAGUGACCCUUGUAGUCCAUCAUUAAAGAAACAUUAAACCUGUCACACCAUCAUGCAUAUAAGCGGAAUUUCUGGUUCAUCAACAUCAUAUGAUUUUUCACAGUUUGAGUGCAACAUUUCAGUAGUGCAACGUUUUAAUCAUUUAAAAACUUUAAUACAUACAGUACACAUAGCAAUUUCAAGUUAUGCAAUUUCCAUAACUGUAAGGAACACAAGCAAUUUUUAUUCCAGUUUAUUAAAUUAACCAACCAGUGGCGGAUGAUUAGAGUUGAGUUACACCAAAGUUACUGUAUGCAGCCGCGUUGGCUUCAGUUUACAUCUUCAUGGCUGUAAGAGUUUACUAUAAUCAUAGAAGCUACUCAUUUAAAUAUUAACUUAAUUUGUUCCAAGGAAUAUGUCAACAUGUCUGGACGGACUGAAUAUGUAUUGGUUGCAGCAGUUUCAUUUUUUCUGUUUUUAUUACUAUUAUAAAAGGAUUAUUAUUCCUGGAGUGUUGCUGGUAGGAAUGAUUUAAAGGAAACAUUCAUCACAUCAACUUUGUAGAAUUGCAUUUAUAAUAUUACAUUUUUUCUGUAUGAUGUUUUUACUGUUCAAAUAAAGAAGAGGUGUAUUUUAAAUGCUGUCUUCUUUGUUGUUCUUGCUGGUCGUGUAUACUCAUGUGUUAUUUACUGUUU